AUGCAGGGUUCAUUUUGCUACGGCUGCUGGAGGAGCUGCUGGGUCCGUCGCGGCUCUGCUAUGGCGCGCUGCAGGUUCCCGAGCCACCUCCGGCUCUAGGAAAAGGGUGGGGGAAUCGGGGGCUGCGGCGUCCUGCGCUCCGGCUGUGUGGGGCGCCGCGUGAUCAGCUGUACUUCUGAGACUUAUGCCCUCAAGAUGAAGUUCUUACUGGCAGUUCUCUUUUUUGUUUUGUUGUCGUUAUGGGUUGAAGAAGCCUAUUCUAAAGAGAAAUCUUCAAAGAAAGGAAAGGGGAAAAAGAAGCAAUAUCUCUGCCCAUCCCAGCAAUCAGCUGAAGAUCUUGCAAGAGUACCUGUUAAUUCUACCAGCAAUAUCUUGAAUAGGCUGUUGCUCACUUAUGAUCCCAGGAUAAGGCCAAAUUUCAAAGGAAUUCCAGUCGAUGUAACAGUCAACAUUUUCAUUAACAGCUUUGGAUCAAUCCAAGAGACAACGAUGGAUUACAGAGUUAACAUCUUCCUAAGACAAAAGUGGAAUGACCCCAGACUUAAAUUGCCCAAUGACUGGAGGGGUUCAGAUACACUGACAGUGGAUCCUACAAUGUUUAAAUGUCUGUGGAAACCAGACUUGUUCUUUGCAAAUGAAAAGAACGCCAACUUCCAUGAUGUCACUCAAGAAAAUAUUCUUCUAUUUAUAUUUCGGGAUGGAGAUGUUCUAGUCAGUAUGAGAUUAUCCGUUACUCUGUCAUGCCCUUUGGACUUGACCUUGUUUCCUAUGGAUACACAGCGUUGCAAGAUGCAAUUGGAGAGCUUUGGUUACACAACUGAUGAUUUACGAUUUAUCUGGCAAUCUGGAGAUCCUGUUCAGUUAGAAAAAAUUGCUUUGCCCCAGUUUGACAUUAAAGAAGAGGAUAUUGAAUAUGGUAACUGUACCAAAUAUUAUAAAGGCACAGGUUAUUACACUUGUGUAGAAGUAAUCUUCACUUUAAGAAGACAAGUUGGAUUUUACAUGAUGGGUGUUUAUGCUCCUACACUGCUUAUUGUUGUUCUGUCAUGGCUGUCAUUUUGGAUCAAUCCUGAUGCAAGUGCUGCAAGAGUGCCACUGGGUAUCUUCUCGGUGCUCAGCUUGGCAUCUGAAUGUAUGACUCUUGCUGCUGAACUUCCCAAAGUGUCUUAUGUGAAGGCCUUAGAUGUCUGGCUGAUUGUUUGUCUUCUUUUUGGGUUUGCUUCACUGGUUGAAUAUGCAGUGGUUCAGGUAAUGCUGAACAACCCAAAGAGAAUUGAAGCUGAAAAAGCAAAAAUUGCCAAGGCAGAUCAAGCAGAAGGGAAAGGAGGCAAUGUAGCCAAAAAGAACACGGUAAAUGGUACAGGGACCCCUGUGCACAUCAGCACUUUACAGGUUGGCGAGACCAGAUGCAAAAAAGUUUGCACCUCAAAAUCUGAUCUGAGAUCCAAUGAUUUCAGCAUCGUUGGAAGCUUGCCGAGAGAUUUUGAAUUAUCAAACUACGACUGUUAUGGAAAGCCCAUUGAAGUCAACAGUGGGCUCGGGAAAUCUCAAGCAAAGAACAACAAGAAGCCACCUCCUUCCAAGCCUGUCAUUCCAUCAGCAGCAAAGCGAAUUGAUCUUUAUGCAAGAGCUUUGUUUCCUUUCUGCUUCUUGUUCUUCAAUGUCAUAUACUGGUCCAUAUAUUUAUGAUAAAUCUUUUAUUUUUUCAUUUGUGUAAAAUAUAUCUCAUUUCAUUAUUCCCUUCCCCAGUCACGAAGGCCAGUCUAUGAAAUUAUUUUGCAUUUGCAAAGCAAUAUAUUGCAUUUGAGAUGCCAUGCGAUUGUAAUGAAAAUAUGGCAUAUUUUUGAAUGAAAGCAUGACACUGCAAUGUCUGUGCUGAAACCAACUGUUGUAUAUAAAUGUACAGCAUACAUCCUGCUUUAGGAAUAUAUGAAGAAUGAUGCAUACCACAUUAUUAAAGCAAAAUAAUUAUCUUCAGUUAUUAACAUACAGAUUUAAAGUGUUUCUGAUAAUGAAACUAAUGUGCAUGUUGAGUAUUAAGAUCAAUAUUCUAGUACAUGUAGUAUUUAACAACUCUUCUUAUGACUUUCAGAGAAAAAAAUCUGUUCUUGUAUAAUUUUAAAUGGCACUGUUAAAGAAAAAGCUAAGUUGUAAUUAAUAUUCUUUAGACUUUGUAAGUAAGUGGAGAAAGUAUUGACUAAGCUGAUCUUGUCUAUGGGAAAAAAUAAAGAUCAGAGAAUAACUAA